CAAAAGAGAACACCUCAGAUUGUCCUCUCCACGAUUCUCCAAAUCAACCCUCCUCUCCUCUGCUGCUGCUCCCUCACAGCCUGACGAUCGUCCUCUGAUCGCGGCGUCACGCUCGUUAACUGCAACGCUCCCGUCUCCCGACUCCCUACCUCUCCUGCGUCCCAGACCCUGGUAUCGAACAUCCGAUUGCAUCAGCCCUCCAGCCCUCCCUACCCCAGCGUCCUACCGGCAGACUCACCACCAUACAGAAAAGCAAAGCAAUUUACCUGUCUCGAGCACACUCUUUUUGGCAACGACGUAGAAGGCGAUCUCCCCUCUCUCCACACACCGCGGCACCUUGGACCCGAGUGGUAGAGCACGCUGCAUCUCUGAGACCCGAGGCCAAUAAUUCUUCCCAGCAGAUAACCGCACGAGAUGGCACCAUCCCCUCCGCGCUUGCGGAUUCUAUCAGGUUGGUUCUUCCCGUCUGGAGUUGACCGCGGCUCUUGGGCAGCACCCUUUCCACGUUGAUCCCAUACGGCCAUACCGAAGUCUUCUCUCUUGCAGCAGCACCCUUUUACUUUCUAUGAUUCUCCCGGGUUGAAAGACGAAAUAGUGAUGAGCGAAAUGGAUGAUCUAAUACGAUUUUGUGUAGUGGGCGGUAAUGCGGUAUCAGCCUUUCUCUCAUGGCGACUUCAAGCCACCAACGCCUGCGACGUAACUUUGGUGUGGAAAUCUGGCUUUGACGCCGUCUAUCAAUAUGGUAUCUCCUUCAAGUACGUUUAAGCGACGCCAGAUGGAUACGCCGAACUAUCAAUUGACAACUACAUUCUAGAUCCUCGUCCUUUGGAAACGAACGAUUCAAGCCUCGACAUGGUACUGCACUACACCCCUUAUAAUCCAGGAAAACACACAUAUACUAAUCGUGGGGAAUAGUUGUCCGAGCACCAGAAGAUGCCGCAGGCAGCAAAGAAGGAGCCUUUGACUACGUCCUACUCUGCGUCAAAGCUCUGCCAGAUGUCUACGAUUUGGCCGCCGUCAUUGAAUCCGUCGUGACCCCGCAACACACAUGCAUUCUCGUCAAUACUACCCAUACGUUGGGCGUGGAAGCACAUCUGGAGUCGAGGUUUCCAAGCAACGUCGUCUUAUCUCUAGUUUCCGGCGCGGAGAUCACACAGUUGGGCGCUAGUGAAUUUGAACACAAAGGCUCAACAGAGAUAUGGGUUGGCCCGGCCAACAAAAAUUCCGCGAUGCCAGGAACGAUUCAAAAUGACAUGGCCGAUGCUCUAGCCAUGACAUUGAGUAGCGGUCAAGUGGAUUGCCAUGUGUCCCCUAACAUCCGGCAGCAACAGUACGAGAGGAUGAUUGGGUAAGUGCCAGUGGAAGGAAGGCAGAAACACAUGCUAAUUGGUACCGUUUUAUAGCCCAAUUGCUUUCCAUCCUCUGAGCGUCAUAUUUGAGACUCCUUCUCACUCCGCUCUGUUGGAAAAGGUUGGCGUGAAGGCACUGGUUUCGGACGUAUUUGAUGAGCUUCUCGCUCUCGCACAAGCACAACAAUGCACGUUUCCCGCCGAUUUCAAGGACAAGGUUAUGGCCGAGAUGCUCAAGCCAACAGAGGCCAACAGUAUCAUGUACCAGGAUUUUGCUGCCAAACGACCAAUGGAAGUAGAGACCUACCUAGGAUCGCCAAUCAAGCUUGCACAAUCCGCUAGUAUUCGCGUUCCACGCAUCGAGACACUCUACGCGAUUCUCCAUAAUGUCAACAUCAUCAAUCAGCAAAGAAAGGACGCACCUCUGCCUGUACCUGCAUCGGUGCCUGCUUCAUUAGCCUCGCCCACCAUGGCUCCACCCCAAAGGCUUUCCUCUGCACCACCGCCUAGGCCCAUGAAUGGUGCACCAAAUGGGAACCAUCACCCACCACAUGGCCCACCUCGCGGACGAGGAAGAGGUCCUCUAAUGGGUGGUCCUCCACCUGGAAUGCGAAGGGGUCCUCCACCGAUGAAUGGCGGUCCUAAUGGGUACCCCCCAAGGCCUAUGACCAAUGGCAAUAACAAUGGAUUCCCGGCUCCUCGAAAUCAAUCAAGACGAGGCUCGCUCGAAGCAAAUGACUUGGAAGAAUUCAGUCACCUUGUACUGUAUGACGACAUACCAGAAUCUGGAGAAUCAAACUAUGGCGGAGAAACGGGUGGUCAACCCGGUGGUGAAAUUGCUCUUCGCGAAAGAGAACUAAUGCUUAGACAACGGGAACUUGCUCUUCGAGAGCAAGAGAUGAGAAUGCGCCGUGGGGGUGGUGGGGGCGGUGGCCCAAGAGGACCUCACCGGGGGCCUCCAACACCGUCUAUCAGGAAUGGUGGGCAUGGCGGGAAUGGCGGAUUUGACGACGACGAUGACGAUGAUUAUUUCGAUCCUGCAGAUGCCCCUCCAUUGCCUCAAAUUGACCCUGACAAUUUCGAUAUGAUGAGUGUAACCUCGCGGCGAAACCGCAAGGCGCCGAGUGCCCAACAAAUACGCAAAAACCCCGAGUUCGGAGAUGUACCAACACCCCGAGGGCGAGGCGGUUUCAUGCGACCAGGCAUGCCGAGGAACAAUCGGUCUAGUGCCAGAAUUGCCAGCGCUGGUAUCCCAGGUCUCCACGAUAAUCUGAUGGAUGACCCCCUAAUGGGGUACUCAUCGAAUCGAUACGGCCUUGUAGAUCGAGCUCAGAUUGGGAUGGAGUCGAGGAGCAAUUCGUUGACUGCGGCACGUCUCGACGAACUACAAUAUGGGGGAGCAUCACCAGGCCCGGGACACCGCCCAAGAAGAGCCAGUCAAUCGCCUGGCCAUCCUUUUAACCCUGCGAUGGGUAGAGGGGGUGGCAGACCUUCUCCGCCAAACGGAUUCGGCAAUGGAAGACCUUCACCACCUGGAAACAUGAGACAACCAGUCCCACGUCAUCCACCGGGUCAAGGAAAUUCAGUUGCACCUCAACAGGUUGAGCAAUAUGCAGGGGUGAGCGCCCUACACCCGCCUAAAGGCCCAAAUAAUGUUCGAAGUCUGACGGGUAGUGCAAGCGCCAGCGCGGGGAGUGGUGAUAGCGCCAAUAUUGACUCCGAACCCUCAGCCCAUAGUAGCCAGAGCAGCUUGGGGCCACGACCAACUAUCGGCGUACGGUAAUACAAAAAGGAGUUAAAAGGUCCAUUUCGGUCAUGUUUGAAGCACAGCAUCACAAUAUGUCUGGAGACGCUUGAUAAAGACAAGCCUCACAGCUCAACCUAAUAUUUUCCACCAGGUCUUUUUCUACGAUUCGCGACCUGAUCGUCUUUCAAUUUGCAUAAACUCUUCCACCUUUUACUUCGCUUUAAUGGACUUUUGACUGGAGACGGAAAGAACAUGAUGAGCAUCCACUGCGGUGGAAAAAAUAAUGAUGAAUACCGGGAAUUAGACUUUGGGAGCUUUCGGGGGUACACAAACCUGCUUUUUUUGGUCCUUUUUCGAUUCGGGCAUGCAGUACAUACGCACAGUGCGAUACACGGCACGAAUUCUUGUUUCUUUCUCACACAGCCCUUGGUAAUAAUUGCAUUGGGGUCGGCGUCUGAUGUAUGUCCUGCAUAUACUUUUCUUUUUCUUUUCUUUUCUUUUUCCUUUUAUUUCACGCCGGCCUAGGGAUGUUGGAGGGGAACAAUAUUAAGGGUGUCGAGAGAGGUUGUAAUCUGGAGGGCAGGGAGCAAGAGAACUUCUUCAGUAUAUGACAGAUGGAGGGAUUCUCGAGAAAUGUUUUUCGCGCGGCUGAAUGGAAUUUCAAUGAGGUGGGCAUCUUCUCAGCUCGACACCGUGUAUUAAUCACAAAUCCAAGGGGACAGUUGGUGGAAAAUUAGGAGGGUUUGGGGUGGGGGAUGUUGUUGUUUCUCUCUCUCUCUUUGGGUGGUAAAAGGAACUUGUAUAGAGGGGUGGUCUGAGAUUGAUGGUACUUUUCUUUUCUUCUUGAAGGGCUGCUUGAACGGGGACGGGUGGUUCGAAUGAAGGGAAGGGGAAAGGUGGAUCAUUUUCAGCAAAUAAAUAUGGAAAGUUCAAUGGACUUUUGUUUCGAGC